AUGAAGUUUCCCGAUCUUCCUCACGAUCUGGAAUCGGAAAUACUCGCUAGGGUUCCGGCCAAGUGUCUAGCGAAAUCGCAAACUACUUGCAAACGAUGGUACGCUUUGUUCAGAGAUGAAAGUUUCGUCAGAAAGAACAAUAAGUUGGGUAAAUCAGUAAGGGAGUCGAUGUUUCUGAGUAAUCGUGGGGUUUAUUCAAUCGGCGAGGAUCUCCACGGAAUUUUCAACACCGGCGUUGAUCGAUCUAUUGAGUUAUCCGGUAAACUUAGCAGUCUAAAGAAAGAUCCAGAAGAGGAUUUGAAAAUAUCUCAAAUCUUUGAUUGCGACGGUUUGAUAUUAUGGUCCACUCAAGGAAACACUAGACUUGUGAUUUGGAACCCUUGUACAGGUCAAACGAGGGAGAUCAAACCCAGAAUUCGUUACCGGAGUGAAGAUACAUAUGCCCUAGGAUACGCAAACAACAGAAAAUCUUUCCGUAGCUACAAAAUCUUGAGGUGUUAUUAUUAUUUCAACGAGAAAAAUUGUCAAGGUUGCAGAGUUUGA